GAGCCGCGGCGGAACACUCCCAGGUGAGUGGGCUCGGGUAGGAUCCGCGAGGGAGGGGCUGACUUCUUGUUUUGCAGAGAGUGCUGACGCAGCAAGCGCUACUUGUACCUCACCGUGAGCUGCAGCACAGCCAGCUAAACCGUCCGUGCACCACUAGUUCUCUCUCUCUCUUUCCUAUAUAGUGCCAAAUGGGGAUACUGAUUGGAAUACUCUGGGGAAGAUGUUGACGGCUAGCAUCAUUGGCGAGGUAUUGUGUGCUUCUUACAUUGACAAGAAGCAUAGAAUGGCACGACCACAGUUUACUGUCGACACUGACUGGAGGUAAAUCCCUAGUAAACUUUUUUUGACUCAUGGCUUUCACUUUGGUAGCAGCUAUGCGUAUGAAGAGAAAGACGUGGUGGUUCUAAGGAAAGAGUUCCCAGAUUCACCGUUCCACUGUUGGAUGGGACGAACCAUCAUCCAACGUCCCAUGAGAGAGAUUGCCGACUUUCUCCAAGACCCUGCAUCAGUCCCCAUCUACGACAAACACAUAGUGGAAUCAAAACAUAUCAAAGUUCUGUCAGAGUCUGAGACACACAAAGAUGUUAUUGCAUACUACUUGGCUGAGGCAAGGGAAUGCCUGGUUACUGCCAAAAGGGACUUUUCGUUCUUCGUCCGCCACACACACUUUGAUGAUAAGUAUGUGAUGACAGUUCUGUCUGUGGACCACCCUGAGUGCCCUCCACUAGACGGCGUCCCUAGAGCACAGCUACUGGAAGGCAGUGGGUGGCAUUUGGAGAGACACAUGGGCAGCAACUCAAGAACCCUUGUCACCUACAUUGUCCAUACUGACCUAAAGGAGCUCCCUCCCAUCAUUGCCAAUCGAGUGCUCAAGAGGCAACCUCUGAAUGCCUACUACGUCAAGAGCCAUCUCAUGAAGCUACACUUACAAGAGGAGCAACUAUCGGCCACCUUUUAUCUUCCUCUCCCCAUCCCCCAAUCGCACGAAGACAGCCAGAAGAGCUAUAGCUAUAGCGGGCGACACUUUGAAGAGCAACUGUCUGUCAGGGCAUUCACAAGCAGGCAAACAGAGAUCGUGAAUAGAGGAGCUGUGACACUGCCUCAGAAUGACAGUAGUCAGUCAUGUUGGGACAGUACACAAGUGUCAAGCCACAGUCACAGUCACGAGGACAAUAAUGAUACUGAGCCGAGAAUGCAGGACCAUCAGCCAGCUACAGACCCAGGGUUCACUGACAGCGACUAACUUCACCUUCUUCUUUUGUCUUUUCAUCAACUUUUUAUACACAGUUUUUUAAAAACAAAGUACUACAGCAAACGAAGCACACACACACUGUCAUAUAUACACGUAAAAGACAAAUCAGUUGUGACGAGGAUCUGACACUGUUCGUCUGGUCCGCAACGAGUCACGUGUGAACACUCUGACAGGCAG